AUGUGUGAGAGGGCAAAGCAUCUCUACAAGGCUCACGAGGAUCGUGCCGAGCAGAAAAUGUGGCGUGCCUUGCAGCAACUGCCGGAGGAUCUGUAUGCUGAGGCUAUAGCAUCCAAGCCGGAGAAUGUACCGGAAGAGCUUCUGUUUCACAACCGCUACCGCAAAGAGAUCUUCCGAAGCCUCUCGGAGAACGAUCAGCGAAAACUGCAAGUCUUCCAUAACCUCAUGUACGUGCGAUAUCCGCAUUCGGACGAGAAGCGGCGGAAUCCCCAGCGUUUCUGGAUGGCCGAGAACCUGAUCAUGUCUCGGCAGAAAGAGGCUGCACUGGCCAAGAAGAACAUCAAGCCGAAGAAGGGCUGA